AUGGAGUGUCGAAACGACGGCCUCGAGGGUGUUGAGGUGGAGGAGCAGCUGCUGCAAUUCCAGCAGGCGGUAGAUGACCUGAGAGACGCCGUACGUCAGCUGGCGGCGAGUCCUUUGACGAACAGUCAGGAUCGCCAGAAGCACAUAUUUCAAAUAAACAAACUUAAGCAAGAGGCAACGGUGUGCAUGCGUUCCUUGGCGUUGGAGCUGCGAUGUUCGUCGUCGGUGUUGAGUCCUGAGGCAAUCUCACGACUGGUGCGGCGACAGCAGCUGCUGCAGCAACAGUUCAAAGAAGUGUCCGCCGAAUGCGAAGCGCAACUGCUGUCAGUCAGUAAAGACGAGCUUCUGCAACGUUAUACGGGGGCUCAUGAAGAACUACAAGAGGCGACGGACGUGUGCGCGCAACAACAACGACAACAGCUAAUCACGCUGGGCGACGAGAUCCAGGACCAAACGGAAUUUGGCGCGGACACAGCAGCAGGCGGCUCAGACGGAAGAGAUGGGGGGGGCGAUCCUGCAGAGGCUGCAACAGCAGAAUGA